UGAGCGCGCUUUGUUUUUUUCUUUUUUGGCAUAGUAUUUGCGAAAUUCGUUUUGUGUUAAAUUAAUUGAUUUUGUUGUCAUUUGAGUUGGGAGCUAUAAAAAAUAAUAUAUCUAACAAAAUGAAGGAGUGUCCAUAUGGCGAAAAGUGCUACAGAAAGAAUCCCAUUCACUUUGGCGAGUUUUCCCAUGCGCAUUUGGAUGCCAUCUAUGAGAAGGGAAAUGGAUCGGGGGACUACGAUAUUCCAGACAAGUACUCCAGUGAAAUGAUACAGACCCAAUUGAAGCUGCUGGAGAAGCUGUUUCCCAAGGCAGGAGUUAAAAAGGAGAAGGAGCCGAAUGUUUCGGGCUCAAAAGCACCUGUUACUGCUCCGAUUGCCAGUGGUUCUUCCUCGAGUAACAAUCCCAGUGGUUCCUCAACUUCCACCCGACCAGCUGCCCCGCCGGACACCUCCAAUUUGGCCAAGAAGCAAAGGCUGAAUCCCAAGAACAUCAGGGACUAUAUUCCCGUGGUGGUGGAAAAGGGCGGAAUGGCCAAGAAACUGGAGCGCGCUGCUCCCUAUAACAUGUUCCUCACCGCCAUCACGGACUCAAAGCCCACCCACUCGGAACCCUUAAGCAUAACCCUCCAGGAGAUCCUCGACGAAAGUCUGGGCGAGAUCGAGAGCACCGUGCAGAUCAACUUUAUGGUGGACAUUGGCUGGCUACUGGGGCAUUACUACUUUGCCGGCAUACUGGACAAACCCCUUUUGUUGCUCUAUGGCGACGAAUCCCCGGAGCUGCUGAGCAUCGGCAAAUUGAAGCCUCAGGUGACGGCCAUUCGGGUGCGGAUGCCCACGCCCUUUGCCACCUCGCACACCAAAAUGAUGUUCCUGGGCUACGCGGAUGGUUCCAUGCGGGUGGUCAUCUCCACGGCGAAUCUGUACGAGGAUGACUGGCACAAUCGCACACAGGGUCUGUGGAUAAGUCCCAAACUUCCUGCCCUGCCAGAGGAUGCGGAUACGGGAGCAGGUGAAAGCGCAACGGGCUUCAAACAGGAUCUAAUGCUGUAUUUGGUGGAGUACAAGAUCACUCAGCUGCAGCCUUGGAUUGCGAGGAUCCGCAAGAGCGACUUCAGUGCCAUCAACGUCUUCUUCCUGGGCUCUGUGCCUGGAGGCCAUCGCGAGAGCACCGUGCGUGGUCAUCCCUGGGGUCACGCUCGCCUGGCUUCGCUGCUGGCCAAACAUGCGGCUCCCAUCGACGAUCGCAUCCCUGUGAUCUGCCAGAGCUCGAGUAUCGGCAGCCUGGGCGCCAAUGUACAGGCCUGGAUACAGCAGGAUUUUGUGAACAGCCUGAAGAAGGACUCGACGCCCGUGGGAAAGCUCCGCCAGAUGCCGGCCUUCAAGAUGAUCUAUCCCAGUUUCGGCAACGUGUCCGGCAGUCAUGAUGGAAUGCUGGGCGGCGGUUGUUUGCCCUAUGGCAAGAACACAAAUGACAAACAGCCCUGGUUGAAGGAGCAUCUGCAGCAGUGGAAAUCCAGCGAUCGCUAUCGUUCGCGGGCCAUGCCGCACAUUAAGAGCUAUACGCGCUUUAACCUAGAGGAUCAGUCGGUCUAUUGGUUCGUCCUGACCUCGGCGAAUCUUUCGAAGGCCGCCUGGGGCUGCUUUAACAAGAACUCCAAUAUUCAGCCCUGCCUGAGGAUCGCCAACUAUGAAGUUGGUGUCUUAUUUCUGCCCAGAUUUGUGACUGGCGAGGACACCUUUCCUUUGGGAAAUCAUCGCGAUGGCGUGCCCGCUUUUCCAUUGCCCUACGAUGUUCCAUUGACGCCUUAUGCUCCAGAUGAUAAGCCCUUCCUAAUGGAUUACCUACAGGGUUGAGACUGAGUUGUCUACUCUUUAUUACUUAAAGUU